UAAAAAUCAGUAUAUAUUUCGAAUUUUUAUAUUCAUUUGAGAAUUAAGAAAUAAGUGAACAAUUACCAAUUUGUCACCAAGAUGUUGGGAUAUUUUGUACUUUCAGUUCUACUUGCAACCGUUAAUGCGGAUCCAAUUCGUGAAUUCGUUGGUAUAAAUCCCUUCACGCCAAAUGGACGUAUAGUCGGUGGGAAUCCAACAACAAUUGAAGAAGUCCCCUAUCAGGUAUCGCUGCAAGCCUAUGGUUUUAGUUUUUGUGGUGGCAGUAUUAUUUCCGAAAAUUGGAUCCUAACAGCUGGACAUUGUACAAAAUAUCCCAGUCAAUGGAUUAAUGUGAGAACGGGCAGUACAAAUUUCAAUUCAGGCGGCACUCUACAUCCAGUUGAGAAAAUAAUUCAACACGAGAAAUUUAAGACAAAUAAAUAUGGAAUUCCCGAGAAUGAUGUGGCUUUGAUUCAAUUGAAAACCCCAUUGGAAUUGGGAACAACACGCAAGCCAAUACCACUUUUCGAUCAAGGUGAGGAGGCUGUUGAGGGUUCAUUGGCAACAAUAACCGGAUGGGGAACAGUGAAACAAGGUGGGAAAGUUUCUGAAAUUCUUCGAACAGUCGAUAUUCCUGUUGUUUCAAAGGGAGUCUGUUCUGAGUCUUAUAAGCGAUUUGGAGGAAUUCCGGAGGGUCAAAUUUGUGCCGCCUAUCCACAAGGUGGAAAGGACGCAUGUCAAGGUGAUUCAGGUGGUCCAAUGAUCAUUGGUGGCAAAUUAGCUGGUAUUGUUUCAUGGGGCAAUGGUUGUGCUCUGAAGGGAUAUCCAGGUGUUUACACUGAAAUUGCAUCCUAUAAGGAUUGGAUCGUUAAGAAUGCUGGUCUUUAAGGGGGAAAUUGAGACCAGUGGAGGAGGUUUUAUAUUUUUAAAAUAAUUUUAUUUGAAUUAAUAUUUGUAAAAAAUGAAUUAAAAAGAAAAAUAGAAUAAAAAUGAAAUGUAAAAUAAUAUAUAAAAGAAAA